CUCACAAUAGUUUCGCUUCACGACCUCCCCUCUCUCUCGCUCUCUGACCCAUCUCCGGCGCCGGCGCCCAUCUCCAGCGGCGAAGGUGACUAUCUCCGGUGGCGGUGAUUCUACAUUCAUGUGCUGCCCCUUUCUUCUCCAGUUUAUUCGAUUUCAUUUCUGGAUUUGCGAUUCUGCAUCUGGAAUUUAGGAGACGAAAGGGAACCCAGCUGAAAUUAACAAGUCUGGCAUCUGGGUUUUAAUUUUUACAGAUCUGUAUUGGACUAUUUCUGGGUUUUGGGCUUUUACAACCUUCAAUCAGGCGUUAUUUGCUAACCGAGAGAGCUAUCCGCCACUAUUUUCUUUGCUUUCUUCUUCCUGCGGCUACCAAAUUCAUAGAGAAGAAGACCACACAGCGGCUUAAACCCUGAACCUAAACCCUGUGAACUGUGGAGACUGGGGAGGUGAAGAAAAACUGCCAUUACCAAUGCUGAUUACUCGAAAGGUAUCUGCUUUGAUGUUGAAGCCGCUUCUUUCUCUCCAUUUCGCUUCCCGUUCUGUGAGUUCGCACUAUUUUUCACGUUUUUGCUUAAACCCUCGAAUUCUUCACCCAGCUUCUUCCAGCCUUCCAUUUCUGCCGUCGCGUUGUUUCUCCCACUCUUUGUCAUCGAAACCCACACCUCCAAAAUCUUCGCUUCUCUCCCGUGAUGGCAACUACGACGAAGCCGCUUCCCGAUUCUUCCUCGUCUGCCCUGGCUGUGGAGUUCACAUGCAAGACACCAAUCCCAACCAUCCUGGCUUCUUCGUCCAACCCUCGAGAAAAGAUUCCAAUUACCGAUUGCUUACUCAUCUCGUGCCCGUUGAUCAUGAGUCUGAAUGCUCCGAUUCCCUGAAGAGAGGCCUCGUAAUCGAGUCUGGGAAUCAGAAAACUGAAGAGAAUGUGAUCAAGAAAGCCCAAAUUCCCGUUGUAUGCUCGCGGUGCCACUCCUUGAGGUUUUAUGGGAAGGUGAAGGAUCCUACAGUAGAGAAUUUGUUGCCGGAUUUCGAUUUCGAUCAUACUAUCGGUAGGAGGCUGGUGUCGACUACGGGACCUCGAUCUGUCGUGUUGAUGGUCGUUGAUGCUGCAGAUUUUGAUGGGUCAUUUCCAAAGAAGGUGGCGGAUUUGGUGUCGGAGACAAUUGAGGAGAAUUCAGCUGCCUGGAAACAGGGGAAAUCAGGGAAUGUGCCUAGAGUGGUGCUUGUGGUGACAAAAAUAGAUCUGCUGCCUCCCUCGUUAUCACCAACGAGAUUUGAGCACUGGGUGAGGCAGAGAGCGAGGGAAGGAGGAAUGAACAAGAUAACAAGCUUGCACAUGGUAAGCGCCGUUAGAGAUUGGGGAUUGAAAAAUUUGGUGGAGGAUGUUGUUAGUUUGGUUGGGCCAAGAGGAAAUGUGUGGGCAAUUGGAGCACAAAAUGCUGGGAAAAGCACGCUGAUUAAUUCAAUAGGAAUGCACGUUGGUGGGAAGAUCACUCAAUUGACUGAAGCAGCAGUGCCUGGAACAACUUUGGGGAUAAUCAGAGUGGAGGGCAUUCUUCCGGGUCAAGCCAAGUUGUUCGAUACGCCUGGGCUUUUGAAUCCGCACCAGAUUACCACGAGAUUGACCAGGGAAGAGCAGAAACUUGUUCACAUUAACAAGGAAUUGAAGCCGAGGACUUACAGGAUAAAGGCUGGUCAUACAGUUCAUGUCGCUGGUCUCAUGAGACUAGAUGUGGAAGAAACAACUGUAGAUUCAAUUUAUGUUACCGUGUGGGCAUCUCCUUAUCUACCAUUACACAUGGGGAAAACAGAAAAUGCAAGCAAGAUACAAGAGGACCAUUUUGGCAAUCAGUUACAGCCACCUAUAGGCAAAGAUCGAGUUGUGGAGCUUGGAAAAUGGGUGAGAAGGGAAUUUCGUGUUUGUUGUAGUAGUUGGGAUUCAAGUUGUGUAGACGCCGCUGUUGCUGGCCUCGGGUGGUUUGCUAUUGGACUUAAAGGAGAAGCAGUCUUAGGACUAUGGACUUACGAGGGAGUCGAAGUUGUUCUUAGAAGUUCUGUCAUCCCUUACAGAUCAAACUUCUUUGAAGAUGCUGGAUUUACAGUCUCAAAAAUUGUCUCCAAGGCUGAUCAGGCUGCAAACAAACCACUUGAUCGAAGUGAAAAGAAGGGGAAAAAGGGUGACCCUAAAGUUUGCGUUGGAUGAAAUGAUUCUACCUUAAAUUUGUAGCAUUGUACAGAAAGUUAUCUACAUCAAUGUGGAAUUCAUGCUGAAGAAUACAAGGCAGGCAUUGCCUCUUCAAGACUUAUGCGUGGAGAUAGAGUUUUUUAAGGCUUUCGAACUUCGAUGACACAAAUCAAUAGUUCGAAUCUUAGUGAAGCUAAGGCUUGAACAAGAGCUAUGAGGAUGUAUAAACUAUAAUUCUGUUAAGAUGAUCACUCGGCCCGCUAAACACAAGUUACUUCAUCAGAGGAUACUUAAUACACUGCGUCAUUUAUAAGGA